AAGAAUAUCGCUAUCAAUGCGUGUCUGAUUGCGCUGUGGUACAGCUUCUCCAUCAGCAUCAGCGUUUACAACAAGUGGAUGUUCAGCAAAGAGAACCUGGACUUCCAUUUCCCGCUCUUCACGACGAGUGUGCAUAUGCUGGUGCAAUUCAGCCUGGCCAGCCUCGUCCUCUGGAUCUUCCCUCGCUACCGCCCGAGUCGCGCUGCGGAGAUACCUUCGCACAACGGGUACAGCCAAGUCCACGACAACGAAGACGAACCCCCUGGCCUGGACCCGGAACCCAAAGCCAAAAAACCCCUCAUGACCAAAACCUUCUACCUCACCCGCAUCUCCCCCUGCGGCACGGCGACGGCCCUCGACAUCGGCCUGGGGAACUUCUCCCUCCGCUUCAUCACCCUCACCUUCUUCACCAUGUGCAAAUCCUCCGUCCUCGCCUUCGUCCUCCUCUUCGCCUUCCUCUUCAAACUCGAAAAGCCCACCUGGAAACUCUGCGCCAUCAUCCUCUUCAUGACCGUCGGCGUCAUCAUGAUGGUCGCCGGCGAAGCGGCCUUCAACGCGUUGGGCUUCAUGCUGGUGAUGACCGCCUCGCUGUGCUCCGGAUUCCGCUGGUCCCUGACGCAGAUCUUGCUGUUGAGGAACGCCGCCACGAGCAACCCCUUCAGCAGCAUCUUCUUCCUCACGCCCGUCAUGUUCACCGCGCUUCUCAUCCUCGCCCUCCCCAUCGAAGGCCCCGCAAACGUUAUCGCGGCCUUUGGCGCCCUCUCCGAGGACAAAGGCCUCUUCGUCAGCAUAGUCCUCAUGCUCUUCCCGGGUGUCCUGGCCUUCAUGAUGGUGGCAGCAGAAUUCGCCUUGAUCAAACGAACCUCCGUCGUCACGUUAUCCGUCUGUGGGAUUUUCAAGGAAGUUCUGACAAUUUCGGCCGCGUCGCUGACGUUCGGGGAUCCCCUUUCGCCGAUUAAUAUUUCUGGACUGGUGGUUACGAUUGUGAGCAUAGCGGGCUACAAUUGGUUGAAGUAC